UGUCUUUGUCAAAUGAAAUUGACAUGUUCGGAAACCACAGACAAUAUCAAAAUAAUUGAAAAAAAAUCCGUUGGAGUACAUAAUUGCGUUUUUGCGUUAUAUUUAUUUUCUAUUUAUUAUAUUUAUUACAUAAACUGUAAAAUGGCCACUUUCGAUUUAAAUUCAUUAAACACAGUGCUUGAUGAGCCCGCACAGCCGGAAACCGGUGUCGAUUUUUCUGGAAAAUCUCUAAAAUUGGAUACCGCGAAAGAUGCACAACAAAUUGUAGACGCGAUCAAUAAAUGCCCGAACCUCCAAUAUCUUGCGUUGACCGGCAAUACACUGGGUGUGACGGCCGCCCAUGCGAUCUCCAAGGCCUUAGAAUCACACCCUGAACUCAAGAUAGCCAGAUUCUCGGACAUGUUUACUGGGAGAAUGAAAACUGAGAUCCCGCCAGCUUUGAGUGCUUUAGGUGAUGGCAUGAUAGCAGCUGGAGCUCGUUUAGCUGUGCUGGACCUGAGUGAUAAUGCAUUCGGCCCAAUAGGAGUUGAAGGUCUUGCUAAGCUGCUGCAAAGUGAUGUCUGCUCUGACCUAGAGGAGCUUCGUCUGAACAACAACGGCCUUGGCAUAACCGGUGGUAAGUUGUUGGCACGCGCACUCUCCAGUAGGAAGCGGAGACUACGGGUCUUCAUAGCCGGGAGGAAUCGUUUGGAGAAUGACGGUGCCACCGCGCUGGCCAAAGUUUUUCAGGAAAUGGGUUCCUUAGAAGAGAUAGCUAUGCCACAGAACGGUAUAUACCAUGUCGGUAUAACGGCUCUAUCGGAAGCAUUCAAACACAACCCGGCACUGAACCAUCUUAAUUUAAAUGACAAUACUAUCGGGGCUAAAGGUGCUGAAGCCAUUGCCGGUGCCCUGCCAAGAUUAAAGAAUCUUAAAAGUAUUAACUUUGGUGAUUGCCUCCUGAAGAGCAGAGGAGCAAGAGCUUUGGCUAAAGCUUUCAAGGGAAACUCAUUGCUAUUAGAGUCUCUGGACCUCAGUCACAACGAGAUCGGACGAGAGGCGUGCAUGGAGCUGGUAGAUGCCAUCACUGAGCAGCCCGACAGCCAGGAAAGACUCAGCCGGAUAGUUUUGGCAGGGAACAGCUUGGGCAAUGCGGCCAACAAGAAGAGCCUGAAAGAUAAGCUCGGUGCUUCAGCAGAGCUCAGCGAUGGGGAGGGCAGCGAUGAUGAAUACGUGACCGAACCAGAGGAGGAAGACGACACGGACGAGAGCGAGGACGAGGACGAGGACUCCGAGGAAGCCGGGUCAGCAGACAGCUCCCCCGAAGACAUCCGAGAUAUAGACACCGUUAUAGACGUCAAAGAGAUUAGUCUAGACGAUUCUGGAAGAGAAGACAUACAGUCCGACGUGGAGCGCUUCCUCAAGGAUCCCUCCGUCAAGCACCUGAACUCCCUGGGUGACAGGGCUGCCGAGCUCAUCGACGCUCAUCUGCAGAUGAUCCGAGAUCCGGAUGCUAUGACCGAGGCUUACGCUCAAGCGGUCCUGUGCGCCAGCGGGCUGUCGUCCCGGAGCGCGGCGGCCACCGCCCUCGCCAUGCAACUCUACCCGCUGUUCAUAGCCAGGGCUAAACGGCAAAUGGCUCUGGCUAACUCGCUCUUACCCGGAUUAGGACUUAUCAAGUGGGAGAACAAGGACUAUAAGAUACGGUGGGACCUGCCCGGCUGCUACAGCAUCCUGGCCAACGUUCUGGACGAGGCCUACUUCCCCGCCGGGCUCAGAGACACAUUGAGGUACCAAACCACUGCUCUAUGCUGCUGUAGUGAAUAUGACUGCAUUGAGACAUUGAGGUCUAAGUGUUCGUCGUUUGGCUCAUCGGACGAUACGCCUUUGCGGCAGUAAUAGCCAGGUGCUGUACGUACUGCAAGUACUGCCAUCUACACGAACAACGAGAAACUAAUAACGAGCCAUCUAGUGGCCGAAACCCGUAAACAAUGUACAUAAGAGAGAGACGAACUAGCUCUCAUUGUCCUCUCUCCGCGGUCGAGUGGUUCGCGAGACGCUCUGUCUAUUCUCUCACUCUCGCUUGUUCUAAAUUGUAUCUUUUCUCUCUAGCCGUAACGAAUCUGCCGCUAGUUAAAUUUUACUCUCAGCGCGCCUAAAGAAGUUUCACUUCAAAAAGUCAUUGCCUAUUUGAUGCCUGUCGCUCGAUACGAAUGCACCGGGCUUUUUAUCCUUUAGGUCACUAAUACAAUGAAAAAUGAUUAAGCUUAUGACGACAUAGGUAUUGUGAGAAGAGUUCGCCUGAUGAUAAAUUGCCUGCUACUUGGAUGUUUGAUCUAAAUCUCAAUUGUAAUAUAAACCAUACUAGUCCCGAAUUGGAACUGACUAUUAAAAUUGAAAAUGUAAUGUGACAUAAAUUUGGUUUGGUUUGUUUUUUUUGCAGAUUUUUCAUCACCAGUAAACUACCCACUCUGCCCACAGAAAUAGAAUUAGCUAUAAAAAAACAUCCGACUUUGUAUACAAAUAAAUAAGUUUUAUUUUCA